CUGCUGAGUAACUUUACCCAGUCACUGUGUUCAGCAGCUGUGCUGUGUAGAGUUGCUUCGAGAGGUCUGUCCCCGGUGGGUCUGACAAAGCGCAGGUGAAGGACUCGGCUAACCCGUUACAGUGGACCCGGAGGUUUGACGGACCUGAGUUUGUGGGCGUUACUUUGAAUGCAGAAUGUGGGGCAUUUGCAGCAGAACUAUGGUGAAGGUGGGGAUGGCGAAACCCUGCGGCUUAAUGAAACCAAACCACUUAGUGAAGCCUGUAUCAGCAACUCGGGUUGCUGGCAGAUACCUGACCCACCAGCAGGGCCUGCCCCAUCUGCCUGUCCCCCCGCUGCAGCAGACCUGUGAGCGCUACAUUACUGCCCUGGAGCCCAUUCUGGAGGUGGACGAGCUGAAGUACACCAAAGAGCUGGUGCAGGAGUUUCAGAAAGCAGGAGGGGUCGGAGAGAGACUGCAGAAAGGCCUGGAAAAGAGAGCAGGCAACACUGAGAACUGGCUUUCAGAGUGGUGGGUGCAGCUUGCUUAUCUUGAAUACCGGCUGCCUGUGGUGGUGCAUUCAAGUCCUGGGUUGGUGUUACCUCGAAUGAACUUCAGUGAUAAGCAGGGACAAAUAAGGUUUGCUGCCAAACUGAUUGCAGGUGUUUUGGACUUUAAGACAAUGAUUGACAAUGAGACACUACCAGUGGAGCGCCUGGGAGGAAAUCCCCUGUGUAUGAACCAGUAUUAUGAAGUGCUCUCAUCCUGCCGUAUCCCUGGUCUGAAGAGAGACUCAGUGGUGAACCACGCAAAGAGCUCACCGUCCCCAAAACACAUCAUUGUAGUGCACAACCUUCAGUUCUUUGUGCUGGACGUGUACAACAGUGAUGGGACUCCGCUGACUGUCAAUCAGCUCUGUCUUCAGCUGGAGAGAAUCUGCAGCUCCUCAGUACAGGCCAAGGUGGAGCCCGUCGGCAUCCUGACCACCCAGCAUCGUGACUCCUGGGCCAAGGCCUACAUCAAUCUCACCAAGGAUAAGACCAACAAAGAAUCUGUGUCCGCCAUCCAAAGGAGCAUCUUCACAUUGUGUUUGGAUGGAGCGAGGCCUGGAAUCUCUGACGAGCUGCACCGCAGCUCUGCUGCCGUGCAGAUGCUGCACGGAGGAGGCUCCCAGUGGAACAGUGGCAACCGCUGGUUUGACAAGACACUGCAGUUUAUUAUUGGAGAGGACGGGACGUGUGGUGCAAACUACGAGCAUGCCCCCGCUGAAGGCCCACCCAUUGUGGCCUUGAUCGACCAUGUUGUAGAGUACACGAAGAAGCAGGAGACGGUGCAGCCUCCCAUGGUUCCUUUGCCCUCGCCGCAGAAACUACACUUCAACAUCACACCUGAGAUCAAGAACGACAUUGAGGAGGCCAAGCAGAGUAUGAACAUACUGGCCCAAGACCUGGAUAUGAGGGUUAUAGUGUUCGGCCACUUUGGGAAAAAUGUCCCAAAGGCCCACAAGAUGAGCCCUGAUGCCUUCAUACAGAUGGCACUGCAGCUGGCCUACUACAGGAUGCAUAAACGAUGCUGUGCCACGUAUGAAAGUGCUUCUCUGCGUAUGUUCCGAUUGGGCCGGACAGAUACGAUCCGCUCAGCCUCCAGUGCCUCAGCUGCCUUUGUCAAAGCUUUUGAUGACCCCAGCAAACAGAACGGAGAGAAGCUUGAUAUGAUGGAGAAAGCUGUGAAAGCACACAGGUCGUACACUAGCAUGGCGAUCAGUGGCCAGGCCAUAGACAGACACCUUCUGGGCCUUAAAAUGCAGGCUGUGGAUGAGAAGCUCUCCAUUCCUGAUAUCUUCAAAGAUACUGCCUACGCUAAAGCCUUACACUACCAGCUAUCUACAAGUCAGGUCCCGUCCAAGACGGACUGCGUCAUGUGUUUCGGUCCAGUCGUACCCAACGGAUACGGCGUGUGCUACAACCCAAUGAACAAUCACAUCAACUUUGCUGUGUCAUCUUUCAACACCUGUGCAGAAACCAAUGCAGCACAUCUGGCCCGGGCGGUGGAGGACGCACUGUUAGACAUGAGGACACUGCUGGAACAAACUCCCAGAGCUAAACUGUAAAACCAGACAUUACUGAUGUCUGCAAGACUAUAGAGCUCCAGUUAAUAGUCUGAGCCAGAAUUCUGUUAUCGCUUAUCAUCAAGGACUUUAAAUGAUCCUGCGGUUCCUGCUGUGCAAUCACUGGGAGCUGCCACUCCCUCCUGUUAAAAUGCAAACACACAUUCAAUUCAGUAAUUAUAAAUAGUAUUACACACUUUUUACAAAUACAUCUGUUGUGUUACAAUGAAACAUCAUCAUCCAGAAUCAAGCAGCUAUUUACAACAGAAAGUAUCACUUAAUGAAUGUGGUUGAAUAUUUCAUUAUCAACAAAUCACCUGCUUGGUUUGAAGCUGUGUGCCUCACACCUCCAUGGUCCAAAACCUUCUUCAUGGGGUGACAUUGUGUUUUAUCACAGUGAAACUGGUCAGUGUGAAUUAUUCUGACAUAAGUUUACAAUGGUGUUUUAAAUUGUAUGGGUCCCAUCAGAGGUCACACAGCAGAAAAACACAGAUGUAGAACUCCUCCUGCAGGGAUUAGUAAAUCAUACGCUCAGUUUGGUAAUUUAUCAGGUCAUGCUCUCAGAAGAACUCUCUGGACCUGUGGAUGUAGUUUCUUAAUAUGUGCAGAGUCGAAUUCUUUACAUGUGGUCCCAUCAUGUUAGCCAUGCUGCUGUACACAAACGUGUUUUUAUUGUUACAGCACAAGUUAAAUUUAAAAAUGCUUCUCCUGGCUCAUGUAUCAAUCAUGCAUUAGCUGCUGAUCAGUCCAUUAUGACACAGAUCAAUAAUCAGGGCUUUCAUUUAGUGGCUACAAAGAUUACAUAACAAAUUGUAUUAUGUAUCUGUCUAAUCCUGCUUUGAUUUUAUUCGUAAGGUCAGUAUCAGAAAUGUUCUCUUCCAUUACCACGUUAAUGAGCAAUUAAAAAAAAUUUUUUUUUUAACUUUUCAGUUAAUUAACCUUGCUGUGCUCAGUGUGCAGCACAACAGUCUACUGUCUCGGUUUAUUCAUCUGUUUGCUUUAAACAUUUCUUAUAUACAGUCUGUUUUCAUAUUUUCAGUAGGAGUCAACAAAGUCAGAAUAAAACACACAAGGUCUUUGAUCAGUUUAAAGUUGCCAUGUUUGAAAGGAUGUAAUAUUGCUUUCUUCAGUGAAGUGCCAUGCUAUGUUUUUUUUCCUGAAUUUAAUAUUUGAUUGGAAAGUUUAGUAAACCUCAGUUAGUGAUGUCAGACU